GGUUGUGGAAGUGGCCGUGAAGAUUGUCACUGCGAAGCAGCCUCGGCGGAACCAAGUUACACAGGAUGAGACGGAAAUCCGAGAUCGCGGCCCUUUACUUCCUGUUGCUGUCGAUCGCCUCUACGUACGUCGCUUCUGUCGCUGGUUACAAGCACUCGAGGCGACAUCGAGACUUCACAGUGGCCGAGAGCUACGAUGCGUCAUCGUCGAACGGUGACAGCCUCUCGAUGACGAUACCGCCACCGUCGAUCGAUCGAUCCCCACUUCCUCAAGAGUCAUACCUUCCUGAAAGUGGACAGACGAUCGAUCCGUGCACGGAGAAAUAUUGCGGGGUCGGCAAGGAAUGCGAACUAUCGCCGAACAACACCGCGGCACUCUGCGUCUGCAUACGGAAAUGCCCGCGAAGACAUCGGCCGGUUUGCGCGAGCAACGGAAAGAUCUACGCGAAUCAUUGCGAAUUGCACCGAGCUGCCUGCCACGCUGGAUCGUCCUUGACCAGGAGCAGGCUCAUGCGAUGUCUGCAUCAUGACAUCGAGAAUGCGCACGUUCGGAGGACCCUGCACGUGAACAGAACGUCGCCUAAAACUGGCAAGAUCAUCUCUUAUCCACGAUCCAGGAGCCGAAAGAAGGGCAGCUUGAGGGAAAACAUGAUACCGGAGAGGAACGAUUCGGAUUCGAAGGAGUGCACGAACCAGGAGUACGAAAUAAUGAAGGAUAAUUUGCUUCUGUACAACCACGCGAGAUUGAUGUCGCAGGAUAAUCACAGCAAAGAGUAUCUCGUCAGUAUAAUGUUCUCCCAUUACGAUCGGAACAACGACGGGAAUUUAGAGCGGGAGGAAUUGGAACAGAUCGCGGAGAACGAGGAUCUAGAGGAGUUGUGCAAAGGAUGCAAUCUUGGACACAUGAUCAGCUACGACGAUACGGACGGCGAUGGGAAACUGAACGUGAACGAAUUUUACAUGGCUUUCAGUAAACUUUACAGUGUAUCCGUGGUAUCACUCGACAAGUCUCUCGAGGUGAACCAUAUCUCGGCACGGGUCGGCGACAACGUCGAGAUCAAAUGUGACGUCACUGGUUCACCACCGCCGCCGUUAGUAUGGCAACGAAACGAAGCUGAUUUAGAAACGUUGAAUGAGCCCGAGAUUCGAGUCUUCAACGACGGCAGCCUUUAUCUGACGAAAGUGCAGCUCAUUCACGCUGGCAAUUACACUUGUCACGCUGUUAGAAAUCACGACGUUGUACAGACCCAUGUGCUGACCAUUCACACUAUACCUGAGGUGAAGGUGACGCCACAAUUCCAAGCGAAACGCUUGAAGGAAGAAGCGAGCGUGAGGUGUCACGUGGCCGGUGAACCACUUCCGCGUGUGCAAUGGUUGAAAAAUGACGAGGCAUUGAAUCACGAUCAACCGGAUAAGUACGAUCUUAUUGGAAACGGUACUAAAUUGAUCAUCAAGAACGUCGAUUACGCGGACACCGGUGCCUACAUGUGUCAAGCGAGUAGUAUCGGCGGUGUAACCAGGGACAUCAGUAGUUUGGUAGUUCAAGAACAACCUACUCCGACGACCGAGAGCGAGGAGCGAAGAUUCUUCUCGUUUCACGAAUGGGGCAUUUUGGUUUACGAACCGUCUGCUUGUCGGCCGCGACACGAAAUUCGCUCCACGGAUGUUAUACCCGGCACUCAGGAAUACGUGUGUGGAGCGAAAGGCGUCCCUUGUUCAUGGGGACGCGCGAUCAACGUCGCGAAUCGGUACGUGUACGUCAGCCAACCGGACAAAGAUCGCGUGCUGGUCAUCAGCGAAAUACAAAUGGUUAUAGUCGAUGUAAUACCGACGGAUAAAUAUCCCGUUCAACUCUGGUACGUGCCAUCCCUUGAUCAGGUAUGGAUAUUGAACUGGAGAAACGAAGAGGACAUCGGUGUGAAAACGGUGCAGGUAAUCGAGGAUGCAGCUCAGAAGAAAAGGCAUCGAGCCAUUCGGCCAGAACCUAUCGAUGCACAAUUCGAUAUAAUUCAAAAUAUUUAUAUCCCUGAACCACAAGAUAUCGACAAUACGUUCAAAUACGGGUACGUGAGUCACACGAAUCAACGCAACAUGUACAAACUAGAUCUGAAGAACAUGAAAUACACACGGAGCGCUGAUUUAAGCUCUUACAAUUGUGUCCCAAUAAACGUUCAAUUUUCAGUUCUUUAUGGAUUCGUGAUAAUAGAAUGCCAGGAACCGGUUGUCAACCGACCAGCAGGUCAAUUAGUGUUGGAUUAUUUAACCGACACCGUUCUUGCACACAAACCGAAUCUUUUAGGAAGACCAACUAUCUCGCCUGAUUCACGACAUCUUGUUACUUUAGACAAACAAGAGACAGGCGUAACUUUAGUUGUACAAGAAAUAUCACCCGAUGGUUUGAAGUUCGCGUUCGACGUGAAAACGACGUUGAAUAUCAGCGACAUUGCGCUCUACCCGUCGCAAACGACCCAUGGCUACGAUAUCUACGCGUCAUCGAUCGAUAAAGAAAACAUUCUUUUCCUCGAUCUAGCCACUGGUAAAGUGGAGAUGAUAACGGGAGUGGGUAAAGCAACACCGCCUAAUUUAACAAAGUGGGGGAAUCCAAACAGACCUAUUGUACAAAGUGGUAUAUUUGGCAAAUAUAUGGUCAGUCCUUCGAACGACGCACUGUUCGUUCUAAAUGGAGAAACUCGAACGAUAAAUUGCGAGAUCGGUGGCCUGGUACAUCCUGGAGCAGUAGUAUGGUUUACAGUGUCUUUACAUUAAGCAAUCGAAAAUUUCGACAACGAUAGGAGGCGUGUUUAGAUAAUUAAAAGUAGCCAAGCACAGAAGAAGAAAGAGUGAUAUGAAAGAAAUAUCAUGUACAUCACCAUUUGAGACGAGAG